AUGGACAAGUCUGGCCUGCUCACGCUUGUCCAAACCGCAUGCGUCAAAGCCAGCCUUCCGCUACUGCCACCCUAUCUCCCUGGCAUCCUAAUGACCUUCACAGCGUACCACCUGACCUAUCUCUCAAUCGGACCGUGGCUGUCGACGCUGUUGUUUCCCAAAGUCUACGUACAGCUGCGCGGCAGGAAGAAGCUGGACUGGGAUGAGAACGUCGUGUCUCUGGUCCAGGCGAUCGUAAUCUGCGUCUUGGCAGGUCAGGUCGUCUUGCUGUCUUCCGACUCCGACGUCGACGUGAUGGGUAGACGAUGGCGAGGCAUGAGGUGGGAGGACCGUAUCUGGGGGUAUACGGAGCCUGACGCGGUAGUGCUCACGGUUGCGAAUGGCUAUUUCUACUGGCAUUUUCAAAUGAUGGUGAGGCAUCGAGAUGUCUUUGGAUGGUCGAUGGUCGCUCAUGCAAUGGCGGUGUCGUUCCUCAUGACCAACGCUUACAGACCGGCAUUCAUGACCUACGCACCAGCGUCCUUCCUAUACGAGUUCUCCACCAUCUUCCUGGACAUCCAAUCGACUUUGCGAUCCCUGAAGAUGGAGGGCACGACGAUCCAGAUCGUCAACGGGAUGGCACUGUUUGUCUCCUUCUUCCUGCUCAGGGUCGUCUAUGCCACGCACCUCCAGGCGUGGUUCUACAUGGACCUCUGGUCGGCUUUUGGGGCCAGCGAGCAGGAUAUUCCUGUGGGAAAGGCGAGGAUUCCAACCUGGUUGCUGGCGAGCCACGCCGUGGCGGCGGUGACGCUCCAGCUGUUGAAUUACUGGUGGUUCUACAAGAUCAGUAGGACCGUCUACCGCAAGUUCUUUGCCGGUGGGGUAGUGAAGAGGGAUUGA